UUCGUGGAUUAGUUUGGUUGCAGCAAUGGGAGGAGUAGGUCGGCGAGAGGUAUUUUGGACGAAACGGUAGUACACACCGACCGUGUAGAAUGCAGUGCCGGGGGACUGUUGUGAGCGUGAUAAAAUUAUUUCACGAAGCUUCUGUGUUAAGCGUCGGAAGAAGUGUGAACAGUUAUCCUUUGCUUUGCUGUAAUACCACGAAGUUCGCAGUAUUGACAGCUCUGUGCUUCACGUUAACAUAGAAGGUUCGAAACUAGCAGACGAUGAUUUUCAGCCUAGCCUGGGCCCUUUCAGUGUCUCUGUCGUUUGUAGACUGCCAGAUAUUCAGAGAUACGAACUGUCAGUGAUGAAUGAACAAUAAUACGAUACUAUCCGAAAAGCAGAGAUUUGGACUGCGUCCAUUUUUCUCGCAUAGAGCAUCAUAUCAGCAAAUUUGUUAUUAAUAUGACAUAUAAUGAAUUGAGGCCGUUUGUAUACGACACAAUAAUGUGCUUCAGCUCUGUGCACGAAAGAAUUAAGUACUUGACAUGAUAAUCACCUUGCCAUGUCACUGUAUCGCGCUGGCAUCGUGUUUCCACGGUGUUCGAGCUUAUGUUUACUCAUCACCGUUUACGCAAUUUUGUUUGCUGUAGCUGGUGUUUUGCUUCUGCAGCUUCGCUACAGCAGACGUGUUGCAACGAAGCCCUCAAACUAUGAGGAUAGCUACUUGUGGGAGGUAGAGGGAUGGUAUAGUAACGAGAGUGGCUUGAGAUGGCCAGUUGCUGCAGAAAGACACUUAUUUGGUUGCCUUUCCUUGAGAGAACUGACUGAUCUAGAGUUCGUAGCAGCAGGAUGGACAAAAGCUGUCUAUAAGGGUACCUUUAGAGGCAAGAAUGUAGCUGUAAAAACUGUAAACUUGAAUGGAAAAGACAUGAGAGAAUGUGAUGCUUCAAUGUCAGUGUGCUAUCGCAGAGCAGCAGCAAAAAUUUUGAAAGAAAUAGUGCUUUUAACGGAGCUUGCCCAUGACAAUGUUGUGACCGUUAUUGGCUCAUGUGUUCCUGAAACUGUUGGUCCUGUCGCCAUUGUAACAGAACUUGGCGAACCUCUGGAUACAGUCCGCUUACUUCAGUUGUCAUGGGAAGACAGGCUGAGAUUGGCUCUUGGAAUAGCCCACAUUCUACAUCACCUUGCAACUUCUCCCCUUGGUUCUUUGUCAAUGAAUGACUUUAGAAGACAGCAGUUUGUUUUGGUUGGAGGAACACUGAAGUUAUCUGAUGUUGAUGAUAUUGGAGUUGGGGAACCAGAAUGUGCAACAGAUGAUGACUGUAUUAUACAAGCAGAGGGAGGACAUAAUGGAACCAGAGAGAUUCACCUGAACUGCCACAACUCACACUGUGUAGGCUACAAUGAACGUCUUAAUGUGUUGCGUGCAGGUCAACAUUUCAUAAGUUUAUUUUUGCCUCUGAGUGCUCCAGCAUCACUAGAGCCUCAAGUCCAAGAGUUAUUAAGAGCUUAUAAGGAACCUGGUACAUGGGAAACUGCUCAUAUAUUAUCUGCAACAGAACAUUUGGUUCACAAAUUUGCCUCUGGUGAAUAUUUGCAACGACACAUACCACAGCCACCAUCGUUGGACUCUCUAGGAUUCGAGAAACUGAGAGAUAGGGACCUACCUGGGGAAUUUGAUUACCACUGCCACCAUUCAUCGUCCUCUGUUGUUUGUAUAAAGUCAGUUAUGAAUGAGAUCGAAGCUGCAGAGAUUUGUGCCAAGGAUGCUGGUUGCCGAGCAGUUGUGAUCGGACACGAGUACACGUGGACAGGCAGAACAUUGGCUGUCUUCAAGAAUGGUUGCAGUUUCCCUUCUGAAAGGAAAGGUUAUACUUUAUUGAUAAAGAAAGAUGAAGUGUGAGAAUGUGAUAAUUGUGAAAUGUGGGCUUAAAUGUCAGUGACAUUGUGAAAAUGUGUGCUGUAUCUGUUCCUUACCACACAAAUGCAAUGAACAGUCAUGAAAUGUGCGUUAUAAUUGAAGAUGUAACAGAUCAUUUAACUUUUAUGUAUAGUGUUUUGGUUAAAGUGACAAGACACCUGCAUGGAGAAAACUGAAGUCAAAUAUUUUAAACAUUGUCCAGUAAUGCAAUAAUUUCAGUAUUAUUUGUACUGUAUUCAGCAGUAUUAGGAAGGAUUGAUAAAAUUUUAUUAUCAUGUUUAUUCAUAUAAUUGUGUACAGAAUAUCAUAUUUUUAUUGUUGCAACAUGUCAUAAGGGGCAUUUUUCAAUAAAAAGCUUGAUCGUU